AACAUUCGAGUUAAUAGCCAGUAGGUGACAUCGACAUGUUAAUCGUUGCAUUGAGGUCUUACUCAAUAUUUAUAAACGUUGUUAUAACUAUAAUUCAGGAGUUAAUUCAGUGUGAAUACACUGCGGUGUGAUGCUUUCAAGUGCUCGGACUUCCCAGUAAACACGUCUUCUGUCAAUGUAAACUGGUUGUUUUAUUACUACUGUCAUAACUUUACACCGAUGCGACAAAAUCAUCAGAUCCGGUCAUUUGAGAGACUGAAUUCAUUGAAGAUUGUUUUAUUCAUAGUUUUAUUCUGUUUGACUGGAAAGAGUCCGUUACGGUUACAAUGGAUUGUGUCUGUCUGUUGAACGGCUUUGAGCAAAUGGUUGCGGCUCCAAAAAGCACAUACAAGCAGUUGCAGAUGAGUCUUCUGUGGGUGGACGCUCUGAUGAACUGACGACUUCUCUGAGCUGUGGACGCGGCCGAUCCCGGGAUGAUCAAGUUCGUGCUGAUGGUGAACCGGCAGGGCCAGACCAGACUGUCCAGGUAUUAUCAACCUGUGGAGCUGAACAGGAGAGCAGCGCUGGAGGCCGACGUAGUUCGCUGCUGCCUCAGUCGCCAUAAAGACCAGUGUUCGUUUGUGGAGUAUAAAGACUUCAAACUGGUUUACCGUCAGUAUGCUGCUCUGUACAUCGUGGUUGGAGUCACAGACAGUGAGAACGAGCUGUCCAUCUACGAGCUGGUCCAUAAUUUCGUGGAGGUUUUGGAUAAAUACUUCAGCCGGGUGAGUGAACUGGACAUCAUGUUCAACCUGGACAGAGUUCACAUCAUCCUGGACGAGAUGAUCCAGAACGGACACAUCGUGGAAACCAACAAGAGCAGAGUCCUCACUCCGCUCACCGCCAUCGACAAGAUGACCGACAGCUGAGACAAGAAAUGAUGUCACAGACUGACACCAGCAGCUAGGACUUCAAGGAACCGAACCUGGAGCCCGGGCUGAGUCAGAACUAGUGUGAAGGUGCACACAAUAUCUGACAGCAGAGGAACCAGUGUCUCUGUUCUCUCAAGUCAGUUUUCAGGGAAAUCUGCUGACAAAAUGGUAUCUUGAUGCAGAUGUUUGCAUUUACUGAAUCCAGUAAGUGAAAAUGAUAUUUUCAGGGAGAAAUCUUGCACUAGAGGCUGGACUUUAAACUUGUCACUAGAAAUCAGCAGAAUUUCAUUAAGUGCAAAUGUCUGAAGAAAUUCUGCUCCCAACAUCAGCCAGGGCAGGUCCUGAUUCUAAAGUCUUUAGUUUGUGUUGUGCUCGUCAGGCUGGUUCUAAAAUAUUUCACAGGGUUGGUGUGUGGGCUGAUAAUAAAGCUGCUGUCUUCUGUCUCAGACCAAAAACAUGUCGCUCCUUAUAUAAAUUAGAGCAUCUUCAAGUUUAAAUCUGGCCAAGACUUUAAAAGCAGCUUCACACGACUGGACGACCAGUUUGGUUUUCUGCAUCGCCUGCACAGUGACACCGCUGCUAUUGUCAUUAAUAAACCUUUUUUUGUCUCUGGCCAAACUAGUGCUGUUCAGGUUUUGAAACCAGGGCAGACAGGAACAAAGUUGCUGGGGUUGUGACUCAGGGGAACUACAGUAGACUACAGCAUAGUAUCGAAUAGAAACUGAGGACUUAUCAGCUCGGUGAAGUGUCACAGUCCCAGGCAGCUGGAAACCCCGGGUCUUACACUGACGGCCGAGCAUCACUCAGCGUCCUGACACCACAGAGAAAUCCUCCUUAGCACAUUUAAGGUCUGACGUCCACAUGCAUCGUCUUGAUGUGUAAGUGUAAAGAUCUGGUGUGAACAUGCGCAUUAGAAACAUGAACCGGUUAAAAAAAAAAAAACUCUGCUGCCUCAGCAUUCCACUCGGUCUUCAGCAGGGGCCUGGUGCUUACCUGGCCACUCCGCAGUCGUCGCCCCUGAGCCUGUGAAACGGCUGCGUUCACAUCUCCUGACUCGUCCUGGCCCCAACCUGCAGCCUGUGGAGUUUCAAUGAUGCCUCGAUUUCCUUUACAAACCACAGGACUUCAUCUUUACCUCAUACUUUGCAAACAUUUUAAUGAUUAUUUUCUGGAGCAUACACGUUUGAAAAUAUCCGUUUACCUCAAACUGCAACUUCAGUUAAAUAAAUGUUUAUAAUAUACAAAGAAAAUACAAGGGAGAGCAGAGCUUCCUCUCUUUAGAUGUGCCUCGCACACAAGCAGUGUUUCUGUCUCUAUAGCUUCAUUGUAAAAGAACACCAAAUGCUCUCCGACCUUUGACCUCUACAACCAGUCAGAAACAACCUGAAAACUGUCGCGCACACACACUCGGAAACAAAAAGCAGUGAAACAAAAACUAAAGAGGAGGAGAGGCACAACUGAAGG